AUGUUCUUGUAUUGUGCAACCGGGCCACACUGCCAAGAAGGCCAGGUCAUGGUUAUCAACCCACAGAAUGUGAACCAGGUCGUGGAUUAUGCCAAACCUUCGUGCCUGCGCCUGCCGAGCAAGCAGGAGCAGCGCCUCCUGGAGCGCCCCCCGCAGGGGCAGCUCCCCCGGCCGAAGCAGCGCCUCCGGCUGAAGCGUCAGCUCCCCCGGCCGAAGCAGCGCCUCCGGCUGAAGCGUCAGCUCCCCCGGCCGAAGCAGCGCCUCCGGCCGAAGCAGCGCCUCCGGCCGAAGCAGCGCCUCCGGCUGAAGCGUCAGCUCCCCCGGCCGAAGCAGCGCCGCCGGCCGAAGCAGCGCCUCCGGCUGAAGCGUCAGCUCCCCCGGCUGAAGCGGCGCCUCCAGCUGAGGCAUCAGCACCUCCUGCUGAGGCCGCACCUCCUGCUGAAGCAGCUCUACCGGGGGCAGCUCCCGCAGAGGCAGCUCCAGCCACGCCGGCCUAACUUGCAACUUGGCAAAGUCUAA